GAUGCUUGAGUUGAACAUGCACGCUUCAUACCUCAAUAAAUCUGAAGCAAGGUUCGUUAUUUCUUUCCAAUUAACACAAAAUGGUGCUUACAAUCUUCUCCUUGCCGAUGCUUUUCCCGUUCAUCUUCUUUAUCUUCAUGGUGAUGAAGAUAUCAAGAACUAGAGCCUUGAGUACUAAGCCUUUGCCCCCAGGGCCAUAGAAGCUACCCAUCAUAGGAAACCUUCACAAUUUACUUGGCUCCCUACCCCAUCGCAGACUUCAACACCUGGCCAAGAAAUAUGGACCUCUUUUGCACCUUCAACUUGGAGAAAUUACAACCAUAGUCGUUUCUUCUCCAGAAACCGCAAAAGAAGUUUUGAAAACUCAUGAUAUUAUCUUCGCCAACAGGCCCUUCAUCCUCGCAGCAACUAUCAUUUUUUAUGAUAAUGCAGACCUUGCUUGGGCACCAUAUGGAGAGUACUGGAGACAGAUGAGGAAAAUUUGCACGUUGGAGCUGCUAAGCGCUAAGCGGGUGCUAUCAUUCAGAUCAAUCAGAGAAGAAGAGGUAUCAGAUCUAAUGAGAAGCAUUUCUUCUAAUUCGGGAUCUCUGAUGAACCUUAGUAAGAUGUUGGCUGCUUUCUCAUUCGGUGUCAUUUCAAGGGCAGCCUUUGGCAGGACAAGGAACGUGCAAGAAUCAUUUGUACCUCUCAUUGAAGAAAUUAUUUUAUUAUCAGAAGGUUUUAGUAUUUCGGAUUUAUUCCCUUCCGUUAAAAUGCUUCGAAUGAUUAGUGGGAUGAGAUCUAGAUUGGAAAGGUUACAUCAGGAAGCAGACAGGAUACUUGAAAAUAUAAUCAAUGAUCACAAAGCCAGAAAAGCAGAGACUAAGCUUGCUGAUGAGGCUAAUGACCUUGUAGACGUUCUUUUGAAGCUUCAGGAUCAAGAAAACCGUGAGUUCCCUUUAACAAUCGACAACAUCAAGGCAGUAAUCCUGGACAUGUUCAUUGCUGGCAGUGACACUUCAUUUACAACUUCAGAAUGGGCGAUAUCAGAAAUGCUAAAAAACCCAAGAGUGAUGAAAAAGGCACAAGCAGAGGUAAGGCAAGUUUUCAGUGAAAAAGGUCAUGUUGAUGAAGCAGAUCUUGGAGAAUUAAAUUACUUGAAAUUAGUUAUCAAAGAGACUCUAAGAUUACACCCUCCCGUUCCUUUGCUAAUUCCAAGAGAAUCUCGAGAGCAGUGCGAGAUUAAUGGAUAUCAGAUACCCAUCAAAUCCAAAUUGAUUGUUAAUGCUUGGGCGAUUGGUAGGGAUCCAAAUUAUUGGACUGAGGCUGAUAGAUUCAAUCCAGAAAGAUUCUCUGACAGUACAGUAGAUUACAAGGGAGCUAAUAUGGAGUUCAUCCCAUUUGGUGCUGGAAGGAGGAUGUGUCCUGGCAUAUCAUUUGGUAUUGCUAACGUCGAGAUUCUACUUGCAAAUUUGCUAUUCUAUUUUGAUUGGAAACUCCCUCAUGGAAUGAAGCAAGAAGAAUUAGACAUGGCAGAGUCUUUUGGAGCAGUUGCCAGAAGAAAAAAUGACUUGGGCUUGAUUCCUACUCUGUCCCAUCCAUUGCCAGUUGCAUAACUAUUCCAAGGAAGACGAUGUUGCCUAUUUUGGAUAUUUCUAGGCUAUAAUAAUGUUUGAAAUUAGAAAAUGCUGUUUGUGAAAUUGCUUUCUUCUUAUUAGCAUGCUUAAGGCCUAAUAACGAUAACAAGAAAUAAAGAGAUGGAUGGAAUAAACAUGG